GCUACAAUAUUCUCUAGCGUCGUUUGCACGGUUUUAAUCAUAAGUACUGUUAAAGUGUUCAACAAUGAUACAGUUAGACGAACAAGAUAUUGUUAGCAGCACUUCCGUAGAGUUGAUGACACAACCUCACUGGCCAGAGGAAGUAUUGUUAGAAGAUUAUUUCUGUUGUUACAACAACUUGGGAAACAGAAGUAAUGUUAUUGUUCGCCUAACAAACGUCAGGCUUACGUGCGAGUUUAUUUCACCUAAGAAAAAAUCGCGGGUGACAAAGAUUUACCUAUGUGACGUCACAGGCUGCAAAAUAAAGAUGAACAACCUCAAGAACACCAGAGGCAAUACAUGUAGUUUGUGUUUAGAAGUUUACUAUUAUCCUGUUGUCCAGAUCAUGUGUGUGAAAAGACGUCUGCGUCAUCAACUAAGCUUGACCGUGGAAAGAGCUAGUUCGUGGGACAUAAACGAAAAACACAUCUUGAAGUGGAGAAACGCCAUCUUGUUUAUGGCGUCAAGAAACCCGCAAUUCCAAGAUGAAAUUAAUGGAAAGAAAUACUCGAUAUUAGAAAGGUCACUUCCAAAGCGGCAUAUCUUAGUUGUCAUUAAUCCUGCUAGUGGCCGACAGAGGGCGCACAAGAUUUUCAAGAGGAAGGUAGCUCCAAUGUUGGAGGAAAGUGCAAUAAGCUGGGAUGUUAUAUUGUCAG